AUGGAAGUCUACCAUUGGAGCAAGAGGCUUCACCCAGGUUCUUCCAUUGCAUCGUUGGAAUUCUGUCCAAGUGAAAGGGUUGUGCUGACCACUUCUGCUGGAUGGGGAGCCAUGAUCACUAAGCUAAAUGUUCCUGUCGAUUGGAAAGAGUGGCAGAUCUAUCUAUUGCUCUUGGGACUAUUUGUGGCCUCAGCUGUUGCAUUUUACAUAUUCUUUGAGAAUUCGGAUUCAUUUUGGAACUUCCCGCUUGGGAGGGAUCAACCCACGAGACCAAAGAUCAAAGCUAUUCUGAGAGAUCCGCAGUCUGAUGAUCAGGAUAUGUGGGAACCAUUAGAUUUGUGA